AACACACUAAAAAUUUCGAUCAUUUCACCGUUUAAAUACAGAAAAUUCUUAUUAAAAAAAUUCAGUUUUCUUUCUCCCUUUCCAUUGUUUAAUUUUCCCGGAAAUCAAAAUGAGAAACGACGAAGGUGGAACCAUGGUUAUGGAGCAGCAAACCGGUCUCCAUAGCCGACCAAAUAUGGGGACUCUGUUCCAACAAUCAGAACCUCCGUCGUUUUCUGACGACGAUGACUUCCAUAAUCGGAAAAGCAAUGCUUCAUUGUCUAGUCCGAGGUAUUCCACCACAACAAGCGGCGACGGUGAAGUCUCUCCUUAUAUGAUGUCACCAUGGAACAGCCAACCUUCUUCAUGGCAUCUUCAACAUCAUCAGCCAUGUCCAUCGGAGAACGAUUUUGGUCAAGACGGACUCAUUGGGUCUAUCGUAAAAGAAGAAGGUCAUAUUUAUUCAUUGGCUGCUUCCGGUGAUAUGUUAUAUACCGGAACUGAUAGUAAAAACAUCCGUGUAUGGAAGAAUUUGAAGGAAUUUUCGGGUUUUAAAGCUAAAAGUGGACUGGUUAAAGCUAUUAUUAUACUGGGUGAUCGAGUAUUCACCGGUCAUCAAGAUGGUAAAAUCCGUGCAUGGAAGGCUUCACCGACGAACCCUACCGUUUAUAAAAAAUUCGGUAGUUUCCCGGCUAUUGGCCAUGUUAUUAAAAGCUCUGUUAAACCUAAAAACUACGUUGAAGUUCGAAGGAAAUGCAGUGUUCUUCGAAUCAAACAUUUUGAUGCAGUUUCAUGUUUGAGUUUGAAUGAAGAACAAGGGCUGUUGUAUUCAGGGUCUUGGGAUAAAACCCUGAAAGUUUGGCGGAUAUCGGAUUUUAAAUGCAUGGAAUCCAUCGACGGUGCUCAUGACGAUGCGAUAAACUCCGUGGUGGAUGGGUUCAGUGGCUUGGUGUUUACCGGAUCGGCCGACGGGACAGUCAAGUCUUGGUAUCGAGAAUUACAAGAGAAAGGAACGAAACAUUCCAUGGUUCAACAGUUACUGAAGCAAGAAAACGCCGUCACCGCCUUAGCCGUCAGCCGUGAAUCGGACACUUUAUAUUGUGGAUCGUCUGAUGGAUUGGUGAAUUUCUGGGAACACACAAACCGUGGUUUAGCUCACGGCGGAGUAUUAAGGGGACAUAAAGUGGCGGUUCUCUGCAUGGCUACGGCGGGGAAACUGGUGUUUAGUGGCUCCGCUGAUAAGAGUAUAUGCGUGUGGAGGCGAGAAGAAGGCGGUAUUCAUGCUUGCUUGUCGGUUUUAACGGGUCAUACCGGUCCAUUAAAAUGCUUAGCCGUUGAAGAAGAUCACCAGAUGUCGACUGAGACUAACCGGAAAUGGAUUGUCUACAGUGGUAGCUUGGAUAAGUCCGUCAAGGUGUGGCGCGUGUCUGAACACGCGCCGACCAUGAAUGAGAUUAAGGAAACUUACCAUAUCCACUAAGCUGUCCUUUCGUUCAUGGACCACACUGAUUCAAUCUCGGCGGGUAUGGACGGUGCCACGUGUUAAGAACCAAAUGCUUUUAACCAAUGCCAUGAUGCCACGUCAGAAAAAGUGAAAGAAGGUAUUUUUCGAUUUUCCAAUGUUUUCUGAUUUGGUAAAUGACUUUUUUUUAUUUGUUUUUUUAUUUCAAUUUUUAACGUGGGAGAUUUCCAUUAAUGUAAAAUCCAAUGUUUUUGCAUGAAUAAUGGAGCCUUAAUGUGUGUGGGAUGUUGCCUUAA